AUGGCGGUACCAUGGAGAGCUGUUCUUCUGACAAUUUGCAUUCUGCUCAUCCCGGCAGUCUUCGCAGCCGAAGCAUGGGAAGCGGACGCGGAUAUGAUGGAACUGCAGACAGAACUGCAUCAAUUGGAUCUCGCCGAGGACGAAACCGUCCCGCCCAUCGAAUUCGACACCUUCGAGCCUGUCAGACGAGAGCGCAUUCUCAAAUCCGCUAGCGCCGUGGACGAGGGAACUCCGUUAAACCGUACCGUCGUGGGGGCCACCAGCAAGCCGGAGAAGAAGAAGACCGGUGGACACAAGAAGAAGGCAGGGGGUCACAAGAAGGGCGGCGGGCACAAGAAGGGCGGCGGGCACAAGAAGGGCGGCGGGCACAAGAAGGGCGGCGGGCGCAAGAAGGGGAAGGGGAAGAGCGCGACAGAGGCCCCUGCGGCUAAGACACCCGUUGCAUCCACCACGCCCGGAAAUUUCCCCAAACUACCAGCAUCUACAACCCCUCCCGCGGUUACCAAAACUCCCGUGGUUCCUAAGACGCCCGUUGUUCCCAAGACUCCUGUGGUUCCCAAAACUCCGGUUGUUCCUAAGACGCCUGUCGUUCCUCAGACGCCCGUGGUUCCUCAGACGCCUGUGGUUCCUAAGACGCCUGUGGUUCCUAAGACGCCCGUCGCUCCUAAGACCCCCGUGGCUCCUAAGACGCCUGUGGUUCCUAAGACGCCCGUGGUUCCUAAGACCCCCGUCGCUCCUAAGACGCCCGUCGUCCCCAAAACUCCCGUCGGCGUCGCAAAAAAGCCAGUUACGAAGCGUCCCAUCGCCGAAACCCCUGCUAAGACCCCCGUCGUUCUGCCGAAGCGCCCAGUCAUCCCCACCGCGCCACGUGUCCCACCUGUCGAGGACCCCCCCGUGGUGGGGACGCGCGUGGGCGUGUGGAAUCUCCCCAACUACAAGAACCUCCCCGCGGUUCUCAAGCCUGCGUUGAUCACGUGGCCGAGCCCUAGCGCCACCUGCGUGACCCUCCCGCGCGGAUUCUACGCGAACCUGCACUCUGCGAAGGUGGUCUGGAACGUGGCGGAUAAGACGCACAACCACUUCAUCUGCCAGUCGGUUACGUUUUGGAUGAAGGCUGGGUGCACUGGCGGCGGAGUGUUCGUGAGCCUGCCUUUGCCUGCGGAUCCGAAUAAGUUCGACUAUCCGAUCUCUGCCGUUAAGGCGUUUCCUGCGGAGAACAGCCGCGCCGUAUCCGUCUCGUGCACUAUUGCCAAGAGCGCGUGCUCCACGGUUCGUUGCCCAGUCCAUUCCAAAUGCACCGUGACUCCCGCCGGUACUGCCGCGUGUACAUGCAAGCGUGGCUACACGUCCAUCGGCGGCAAGUGCAUCAGUACGUUCACGACUUCCGCCCCUUUUACUCCCUCCUCCUCCACCCGCUCCACAGCCGCAGCUACUCUCGCGAACACUCGCUCUCAUACGCAAUCCCCUUCCCACAAGCGUUCCCCGUCCCCUUCCCCCCCGCGUUCUGCGGCGUCUGCGCCGCCCGCUAAGAAGAAAAACGAAACGAAAUCCAGAAAAAACGUGUGCGCGUCCGUGAACUGCCCCGCGGGAGCGUCGUGCCAGGCCACCAACGGCAAGGCACUCUGCAUCUGCCGCAGCGGCAGCCCGCCCGUCGGCGGCAUCUGCAAAGAGGCGACCGGCACCUCCGCGGUUCUCGAGUAUAUUAUGGGGCAUAAUGCCGCUCGCAGCGCCGUCGGCCUCGCGCCGCUCGCGUGGAACGUGUCAUUGGCGCUGCGCGCGCAGAACUGGGCGCGCGUGCUGGCGAAGAAGAAUCAGUGCAUGCAGCUUGAGCACGGCGACACCAAGGGCCAGGAUCUCUCCCCUCCCUCUUGCCACCACCCCUCCCUCCACCGCUACCCCUCUGCCACCUCCCCUGGAUCUGCCACGCCUCACCAGCAGCCACCACCCUCUCACCUCCUCUCCCUUUCCCCUGCCUCCGCCCCUUCGACUGCUUCCCUGGCAGCAGCAGCAGCGUCAUCCACUGCUCCCACCCGCAGAUACGCAUGGAUCAGCGCCGCCCGCCACGAUCCCGAACCUGACAGGCCCGGCACCGAGCCUGGUAAGCUGGCUCGGGAACUGGACCAGUGUGGUAACGCCGACGGGGACUCUGACCUGCUGCUCUUCCCUGCCAGUUCCCUCUCCUCCUUCCCUUCCUCGCUCUCCCUCGCACGUUCACCCCUCCCUCCCCCACCUCUCACAACCCCAUCUCCUCCACUCCCUUCCUCACAGCCUUCCCUUGGACUCCUGUCCAAUCCCCGCACGCCUAGACCCCCCAACCCCUCCAGCAGCACUCUGACCACGCCCUCCCUGCCUUGCAAUGACGCCACUUGCGCCACCCCCACCAAUGCACUCGCCACACCCACUCUUGCAAUAACUCAGCAACCAGCUCCUCAACCACCAGGUAUUCGCUCCUCGGCGAAUGGCGGCCCGACACGUGGCGCUCCAGCGGCCGCCCGAGGCGGAGGCACUGCAUGGCACGGGGGGAGCACGGGGAAGUUCGGCAGCGGGUGUGCGUUGAGGGUGGCGGCGUGCGGGUCUCCUGUUUGGAUAGAGUGGCCCUGUUGUUGCCCAUGCUGGUGCUGCUGGUGCUCCUGGUGCUGCUGGUGCUGCUGGUGCUCCUGGUGCUCCUGGUGCUGCUGGUGCUGCUGGUGCUCCUGGUGCUCCUGGUGCUCCUGGUGCUCCUGGUGCUGCUGGUGCUCCUGGUGCUCCUGGUGCUCCUGGUGCUGCUGGUGCUCCUGGUGCUCCUGGUGCUCCUGGUGCUCCUGGUGCUCCUGGUGCUCCUGGUGCUGCUGGUGCUCUGGUGCUCCUGGUGCUCCUGGUGCUCCUGGUGCUGCUGGUGCUCCUGGUGCUGCUGGUGCUCCUGGUGCUGCUGGUGCUGCUGGUGCUCCUGGUGCUCCUGGUGCUCCUGGUGCUCCUGGUGCUGCUGGUGCUGCUGGUGCUCCUGGUGCUGCUGGUGCUGCUGCUGCUCCUGGUGCUCCUGGUGCUCCUGGUGCUGCUGGUGCUUCUGGUGCUGCUGGUGCUCCUGGUGCUCCUGGUGCUGCUGGUGCUCCUGGUGCUCCUGGUGCUCCUGGUGCUCCUGGUGCUCCUGGUGCUGCUGGUGCUCCUGGUGCUCCUGGUGCUCCUGGUGCUCCUGGUGCUGCUGGUGCUCCUGGUGCUGCUGGUGCUCCUGGUGCUCCUGGUGCUGCUGGUGCUCCUGGUGCUCCUGGUGCUCCUGGUGCUCCUGGUGCUCCUGGUGCUCCUGGUGCUGCUGGUGCUCCUGGUGCUGCUGGUGCUCCUGGUGCUCCUGGUGCUCCUGGUGCUGCUGGUGCUCCUGGUGCUGCUGGUGCUCCUGGUGCUGCUGGUGCUGCUGGUGCUCCUGGUGCUCCUGGUGCUCCUGGUGCUCCUGGUGCUGCUGGUGCUGCUGGUGCUCCUGGUGCUGCUGGUGCUGCUGCUGCUCCUGGUGCUCCUGGUGCUCCUGGUGCUGCUGGUGCUUCUGGUGCUGCUGGUGCUCCUGGUGCUCCUGGUGCUGCUGGUGCUCCUGGUGCUCCUGGUGCUCCUGGUGCUCCUGGUGCUCCUGGUGCUGCUGGUGCUCCUGGUGCUCCUGGUGCUCCUGGUGCUCCUGGUGCUGCUGGUGCUCCUGGUGCUGCUGGUGCUCCUGGUGCUCCUGGUGCUGCUGGUGCUCCUGGUGCUCCUGGUGCUCCUGGUGCUCCUGGUGCUCCUGGUGCUCCUGGUGCUGCUGGUGCUCCUGGUGCUCCUGGUGCUGCUGGUGCUCCUGGUGCUGCUGGUGCUCCUGGUGCUCCUGGUGCUCCUGGUGCUCCUGGUGCUCCUGGUGCUGCUGGUGCUCCUGGUGCUCCUGGUGCUGCUGGUGCUCCUGGUGCUGCUGGUGCUCCUGGUGCUGCUGGUGCUGCUGCUGCUGCUGCUGCUGCUGCUGCUGCUGCUGCUGCUGCUGCUCCUGGUGCUGCUGGUGGUGCUGCUGCUGCUGGUGCUUUUGCCGUGGGGGGUGGCGGGGGGGGUGUGAAAGACGCAGGGGGGAAAGAGGGGUUAGAGGAAGGGGGGGAGGAAAGGGGGGAGGAAGGUGGGGAGGUUGGGGAAGAGGAAACGCGGGAAGGAGGGGAGGAGGAAGAGGAGGGUCAAGAGGGCGAGAAAGAAGAGGAGGACGAGGAGGAAGGGGAAGCUGUGGAAACUGGGGAAGGGGAAGGAGAGGAAAGGGACAAACACGAGACAAGCGAGGAGGAUCCGAGAUUUGAGAGGGAACGUCUGAGUCAACUCAAGAGGGACGUUCCCUCAGUAGUACCAAUGGCUGGUACUCUGGAGGCUUCUGAAUCGACUCAAAAGUCACUUAAGAGAGACGUUCCCGCAGUACCAAUGGCUGGUACUCUGGAUGCUUCUGUGGUGACUCGGAAGGUGCUUUUUGAGUCGACUCAAAAGUCGCCUCAUCACAAGAGGGGGGUUCCCUCAGUAGUACCAGUGGCUGGUACCCUGGAGGCUUCUGAGGUCUAUUCAGAUUUCCUCUAUUCUACAGGAGUUUUAGGCCUCACUUCCAACGCCUGUACUUCCAACUCCCUGCCUACUCCCGACCUCACUCCCCUCUCGCCCUAUCAGCACUCCCCUCCCACUCCCCUCCCUGCUACCCCCCUUCCACGCAGCAUCCUGGCAGCGCAAUAUGGCAUCGUCGCCUUCCCAACGCUCCACCUCUUCAGUCCCUCACACACGGACCCGCCUCUCCUCUACCACGGCUUCCGCUCCUCCCACUCCAUCACCGCAGCCCUCUCCGCGUUUGCCGCCUCCAACGGCACUCGCCUGCCCGUCACCCCCUCCUCGCUCCUCUUCCGCACAGCCCACGAGCUCCAGAUGAUGCGAGCACGCCCGUCUGCCAAGGCCCCGUUUCUCCUCUCGCUCCUCGCUCUCUCUGUUCUCUCCCUCCUGCUCUCGCUCUCCAAGGCCCCUGUGCCGCACUCGCCUCUCCCCUCCCCCGGCCCAGGCGGUAGCACGGGAGGAGCAGCUGAAUCUGGUGGUUUAUUCAGGAUGGUUUCGCUGCCCAGGUGGCUGCGGCGGGGCCAGGUGCUUUCUCAGGUGGGGGGGAGGAAACAGGGUGGAACGGUGGGAGGAGUGGGUGGAGGGGAGGGAGGGUUGGAGGGGAGAGCGGAGGCGGUGAUGGUGAGAGGUCAAGGUGUUGACCGGGUGGGAGGGCGAGAGAUUGUGGGAGGAGGAGAGAUUAUGGGGCGAGGAGGGGCCUGCCUGCCUGGUUCUGCUGGGAUGGGAAGGAUGGGGAAUGCUGUGUACACAUCCCUCGCGGCGCGUCACCGAGCAGCUCCCACCGAGACAUUGCUGCAGAAGGCUGUCAAAGUGCGAGCUCUCGCCGACAAAGCCGCCGCAGCAGCCACAGAGGCCGAGGCGAUCGCGGAGCAGCGCAGACAAGACGAAGCCGCGGCGCUCGCCGACCUCAACGCCGCCAUAGCCGCCGCGGACGCCGCCUCCGCCGCGCUCACCGCCGCGAGAACCGGCGCGACGUCCGCGGCCGCGGCGAAGGGAAACGCGAAGAAAUCUCUCGACGCCGCGAAAAAGCAGCUCGACGAAAUGAAGAAAGCGCGCGAAGUGAAGUCGAAGAACGUUGACAAGAAAAAAGCUGACGUGAAAACCGCAGAGGCGAAGGUCAAAGCGGCGCAGCAGAAGCUAGACAAAGUCAACGCGGAGAAAACCAAGCAGGAGAAGAUCGCGGCGGACGCGAAAGCAGCGAGCGACGCGGCGGAGCAGGAGGCGAAGAAGAAGAAGGGCGACAAGGCGUUGGCGAACAAGGCGAAGAAAGCCGGCGACGACGCGAAGAAAGCCAAGGAGCAGGCCGACGCGCUCGCGAAGGAGGCGCUCGCGGCGGAGCAGGUGCUAGCGGCGGCGGAGGACGCGGCGGAGAAGGAGCAGGACGAGGCGAGCGCGGCGGAGAGCGCCAGCGCGCCGUCGGACGCGGAGCUGGAGAAGGAGGACGAGGUGGCGGAGGCGGCGGAAGACGCACAAGAGGCGGAGGCGGCACAGAAGGCGGCGGAGGUCAGCGCGAAGGACGCGGAGAAGGCGCUCAAGCGCGCGCUCGUGGCGGUGAAGCAGGCGCGCGCGGCGUGGAAGAACAAGAACGCGCUGCGACUGGCCGCGGAGAAGAAGGCGGCGCAGAAGGCGGCGAUCGCGGCUGCGUUCGACGCCAAGGCGGACGCGGCGGAACGCGCUGCUGGCAUUGUCGCCCCUCCCUCCGCGCCCGCAUCCCAACCUGCGCCUGGCUCGCACCCCGCGCCUGGCUCGCACCCCGCGCCUGGCUCUAAUCCCGCGCCUGGAUCUAAUCCCGCGCCUGGCUCUAAUCCCGCGCCUGGCUCGAAACCCGCGCCUGGCUCUAAUCCUGCGCCUGGCUCUAAUCCCGCACCUGGCUCUCAAGCCGCACCUGGCUCUCAAGCCGCACCUGGCUCAAACCCUGCACCUGGCUCGCACCCUGCACCUGGUUCGCAGCCCGCACCUGGUUCCACACCUGCUUAG